AUGCCGCCCCCGGACGACCCGUUCAAGGACCUGGUGGCAUGGAAGUUUGCUGGCGCGGCCUGCUGGCACACGGGCCUCUUUGCGAUCGGCACCGCGCUGUGGCACCUGGCCGCCGCGCCGCACUCGCCCAUGGCAUGGCGCCUGCUGUCGCCAGCGGCAUGGCUGCAUGCGGCGGCGCUCUACUCGACGUCCCUCCUUGUCCUGUACGCGCAACGACGGCUACUAUCCUCAUCAGACGUCCCGCCCGUCCACGCGCCGCGGCUGGGGCUGACUGCGCGCACGUGGGCGGGGCUCGCCGUGUCGCGCUGCGUGCUGCGCAGCCGGCGCGCGGCUGAUGCUGCGGGCGCCCUCACGCUGUAUGGCGCCGCGGCGAUAUCGGGUGCAUGCGGCGUGGCGGCGCUUGCAGGCGGCGCCGUCCAAGGGGUGAACGGCGGCACUCAGUGGCUGCUGGCUUAUGGCGCCUGCCUUGGGCUGCUUUAUUCCGUGAUCUACCUUGUAAGGGCCAAGAACGUGCUGUCCUACCCCAUAGUCCAACGACACAGAUACUUCCGGGUCAAACAGCGCAUGCGCGCGGCCGCGCGCUCCGCGCUCGUUCUGCCCACAGCAGCCCUGCUGCUCCUCGCGGCUCCCCUCGCGCUGUCGAGCCUCUGGCGCGGCGCCCGCGGCGGCGCCGCGCCCUUCCCGCCGCCGCCGCUAGCGCUGGUAGCCGCUGCAUGGCGUGCGGGCGUGCUGUGCGCGUUUGUGUGGACGUGCGGUGCUCACGUGCUGGAGGUGGUGUUCACUGAGCCGGUGGCGUUUGGAGGGGAGGGCGGCGGGGACCCCACAAAGGCGCUGCUGGCGGCGCUGCGGCACACAGACCCCCUGAUUCAGGACUGGGCCCUGGCAGACCUGGUCACAGUGGCCGAGGCCGCCCCGGGCCGUGCCGGCCGCCUGGCCGCGCUCUUUGCUGACGAUACCGGCGCCGCGGGCUGGGUGCCCCUCGUGUCCUACUGCCUGGCAGAGCUCGAGGACCUCUCAGCGGUGGUGUCAGCGGCGGCCGCGGCGCAGCAGGCGCCAGGAGCAGCGGCGGGCAAGGGCGCGGCCAACGGCGGCGGCGGCGGUGUGAAGUGGAACGCGGUGGUUCCCCGGGGCAGGGGCGGCGGCGGGCGGGGCCCCAGGGGCCCGAGCCGGGAGGAGCUGCUGGCGGCGUGGCACAUCAGGGGGCGCUACUACCGCGCCUGCUGGUGCCUGCGCGGGCUGUCCGGCCUAGCGGCGGCGUCGCUGCGGGGGGACGCGUGCGGCGUGGCGCAGCUGAGCAGCCCGGGGCUGGGGGACGCUGCGGUGGGGCUGCUGGCGGUGGUGGGGGUGAUGGCGGCGCACGUCAAGGCGGCGGCGGCGCAAGCCCCGCCAGCAGCGGCGCGCCGCGGCGGCGGAAGCAGUGGCAGCGGCGGCGCGGCGGGCGGCGGCAGCGGCGGCGGCGGCCUGCCCGCGCUGGCGGGCGCGCUGCUGCGUCUCGUGGGCGCGGGGGCCGCGCCGCCGGGGCAGGGCGUCGCGGCUGCCAGUGUGGAUGGCGCGGCGUUGGCGCUGCUGGAUGUCGCCAAGACGUGUGUGUACCGCGUCACGACGACGUUUGGCCCCGUGCUGAGGGGCCCAGUGCGCGAGGCAGCGGCAGCGGCGGCGAGGCGCGGCACGCCGGGAGCAGCGGGCGCGGCCGAGGCGCUCGACGGGUUCUUGAGAAUGGAGGAGUGA